AUGAGUGCUGUCGUCGAUGGCGUGGAUUUAGAUCGUGGUUGCGACGUGAGUGCAUGGUUUGAGUUUGAUUUACACCCGCUCAUCAUGCGCGCGAUUCAAGAUUGCGGUUUUACCACGCCAACGCCUAUUCAGCGCGAGUGCUUGCUACCGGCGACAAAGGGUCGAUGCGAUAUCAUCGGUGCGGCGCAAACGGGGAGUGGGAAAACUUUAGCGUUUGCGUUGCCUAUUUUGCAACGCUUACUUUCCCAAGGUAUCGACGUGCUUCGAGCACUCAUCGUCGCGCCCACGCGCGAAUUAGCGCUCCAAGUCUGCGCCAUGAUGCGCGCAGUCGCGGUGUACACGAAAAUUGACGUAUGUCCUGUCGUUGGUGGGAUGUCGAAGGAAAAGCAAGAACGACUUUUGAAUAGGAAACCGGCAGUCAUCGUCGCCACGCCUGGGCGGAUGUGGGACACAAUGCAAAGCGGCCACGAGCACUUGACCGAACUCAGCGCGCUUUCGUUUUUCGUCCUCGACGAAGCCGAUCGUAUGGUGGAGCGAGGUCAUUUUAGCGAGCUCACGAGCAUCAUUCAGAACAUCCCGCAGCCGCCGCGCAUCAAGCGUCCGGGCGGCGCCGCAAAGCUCACUAGCGCUGUUCCGUUUUACGGGCGUGUGAAAAUGGUCGAUCUGACCACAAAAGAGCGUAAAGGGGGUGCCGUGGCGAAAUCAAUCGCGGAAAGUGCGCUGGAGUGCACCGAGGACGAUCGCGACUCGCUGUUGUACUAUCUCCUCUCGGCGCAUCCCGGGAUGACCAUCGUCUUCGUCAACGCUAUUUCAUGCUUGCGUCGGGUCGUGGCGCUUUUGAAGAUUCUUCGCGUGCCCGUGGAAGGGCUUCACGCGGGUAUGCAACAGCGUGCUCGUUUGAAGGCGCUCGAUCGAUUCAAAGCCGCUGCGGCGGCGGCGGACAAGGGCGAUCGCCACGCGCACUCGGUGCUCGUAGCCACCGACGUCGCCGCACGAGGUCUCGACGUCAAGGGCGUGGAACUGGUCAUUCAUUACCAAAUCCCACUCAGUGCGGACACGUAUAUUCAUCGAAGCGGCCGCACUGGGCGCGCGGAUAAGUUGGGCGCGGCGGUUUCCUUGGUGACGCCGAAGGAUCGCGCGCGAUAUUACUCGCUGUUGAAGUCUCUCAACCGCGACGGACCA